UGACUGCAAUGCAAUUGUUUUUUUUCUACAAACACGACUGAAUAAACCUUAAGAUAGUCAUGUGUUUUCAUUCGGAUCCUCUAGAUCUUACGCAUGCACAUUUACGAAAAGUGACGAAAGGUUCUUGCUGCUUUGCUGAGAGAAAGUGUGUCUAGUGCGAAGUAACGUUCCGGUAAUCGUCUGAUUGAAUGGUUCGUCGAAAAACCUUCAAAACGGUGCAUCAUAGAAAACCGAGAAAAUGUUUAAAAAAUUUGAUGAAAAGGACAGUGUUUCUGGUGUUCAACAAUUAAAAUCAUCGGUGCAGAAAGGAAUUCGUUCGAAAAUUCUGGACCUAUAUCCUUAUUUGGAGAGCCAUAUAGAUGUUAUAAUACCAAAGAAAGACGCCUUUCGCAUUGUGAAAAUGGUGAGUUACUCUGUCCACGAUCACAUAGAGAUUAUAGUGAAUGCAGCGGGAGACCUGUUAUUUUUUCGCCAACGUGAGGGCCCUUGGAUACCUACUUUGAAAUUAUUACACAAGUAUCCAUUCUUCCUGCCAAUGCAGCAAGUUGACAAAGGUGCCAUCAGGUUUGUUCUUAGCGGUGCCAACAUAAUGUGCCCUGGUUUAACGUCAAAAGGUGCAAAAAUGAUGACGGUGGAGAAAGGAACUGUUGUCGCUGUAAUGGCAGAGGGCAAGCAACAUGCGUUAGCUGUUGGUGUUACAGCAUUAUCGACGGAAGACAUCAUUAAAGUGAACAAAGGAAUAGGCAUUGAAAACUGUCAUUAUUUGAAUGAUGGACUCUGGCAAAUGAAACCAGUAAAGUAGAGAUGGGCGAUUUUCAAAAAUCGAUUAAAAAAAAAAAAAUCAUAAGUUACAAUUAUAUUAAUAAAAAAAUCGAUAAAUCAA